AUGUGUAUAAUUAAGUUUAUUAGUAUGGUGGCACUACUUGUAUGUUAUUAUGUAAAUGGGAAACAUAUUUUCAGGAAAAGGAAAAUUAUUUAUGGCUCCUCUCAUUUGUUAAGUCCUCCAGAUAAUGAAACUGCCUUUUUUACCCCUUUGGGUAAUUUAAAUACAAACGAAUUACAGAAGAAGAAGAACAACGGUAUAUAUUUGAAGGAAAAGGAUUAUGUAGGGAAGAAUAACAAGAACAAAGUGAAGGAAGUGAAAAAUGAGUCUUUCAUUCUUUUAAAUGAAAAAGCGAAAGAAAUACCUUCUGAUGAAGAGGACGAUGAGGAUAACCACGAAAAUGCAGAUAGUGGAAAUAACAAUAUUCCCAAUGGGCAUGAUUCAGAUGGACAUGAUGGCGACAGUAGUAGCGAUCACAGUGACAGUGACGACGAUCAUGGGAACAGCGAUAAUGAACACACACAUAACGGAGGCAACAAUGAUAAUAAUAACGACAGUGACAACAACCAUAAUAACAAUAACAACAAUAAUAACAAUAACAACAAUAACAACAAUAAUAACAAUAAUAACAAUAAUAACAAUGAGCACGACGAAAACAGCAAUAAGGAGGAAACUUCCACAGCUCUUCCUCCACCACCCCCACCUUCGAUAAUUCAUCCAUUAGUCCCUCACAUAACGCCCUCGGGUAUCGUGGGACAUGUUGUGUCAAACGUUAUUACCACAGGUUUGAAGUUCAUGGGUGUAGAGUAG